UAGGAGUUCGUGUAGAAGCGAGUCUGCUCAACAGCUUGUUAUUUGGUGGAUUGUGGCAGUAAAUCGGGGCGAGUGGGGAACCCGGCGCAGGAACUACCAUCGCAGCCGGGAGUGGUGCUGCCCGGACGGGGGCCCACGGCGGUCAGUGGGGCGGCCGGCUGGAGAGCUGACAGCGCGCACUUCUCCUGCAGUAGCGAAGGCGGAGAGAACUCGUGGAGCUGGAACCCCACAGAUCUCCCGUGAAAAUGAAGGCGGCAGAUGAGCCUGCCUACCUGACAGUGGGAACUGAUGUCAGUGCCAAGUACCGAGGGGCCUUCUGUGAGGCAAAGAUUAAGACUGUGAAAAGGCUGGUGAAAGUUAAGGUGCUCCUGAAACAGGAUAACACAACACAAUUGGUGCAAGAUGAUCAAGUAAAGGGUCCUUUGAGAGUCGGAGCUAUUGUUGAAACAAGGACAUCUGAUGGAUCCUUUCAGGAAGCUAUUAUCAGCAAGUUGACAGAUGCUAGUUGGUAUACUGUGGUGUUUGAUGAUGGUGAUGAGAGAACACUGAGACGAACCUCUCUUUGCCUGAAAGGGGAGAGACAUUUUGCUGAGAGUGAGACACUUGACCAGCUUCCUUUAACAAAUCCAGAGCAUUUCGGAACUCCAGUGAUUGCAAAGAAGACAAACAGAGGAAGGAGGUCCUCACUUCCUCUUACUGAAGAUGAAAAGGAAGAAGAAAGUAGUGAAGAGGAGGAUGAAGACAAGCGGCGUCUCAAUGAUGAGUUACUAGGAAAAAUUGUGGGUGUGACAUCUACAGCUGAGAGGAUGGAAUGGUAUCCUGCUUUGGUCAUCUCUCCCAGCUGUAAUGAUGACAUCACAGUGAAAAGGGACCAGUGUUUAGUUCGAUCCUUUAUUGAUUCUAAAUUUUACUCGAUAGCAAGAAAGGAUAUUAAGGAAGUAGACAUUCUCAGUCUUCCAGAAUCUGAGCUCUGCACUAAACCAGGGCUACAGAGAGCGAGUGUCUUCUUAAAAACUAGAAUUGUUCCUGAUAAUUGGAAAAUGGAUAUAAAUGAAAUCCUUGAAUCAUCCAGUAGUGAUGAUGAAGACUGUCCAGCUGAGGAAAUCGAAGAAGAGAAGGAAAAAGAAGCCAAAAAGGAAGAAGAGGAGCCACCUGAGGAAGAACUUGAUCCUGAAGAGAGGGACAAUUUCCUCCAACAGCUGUAUAAGUUUAUGGAAGACAGAGUCCUAGAAAAUCCUCAGGUGAAUUGGCCCCAGAAAUUCUGUGGCUUCGAGGAGUCAUUCUGCAGAAAACUGCUAACAGCAACAAGAAGCCUUUCCGUGUUGGCCGCACCUCCCAGCCUCAGAAUUUCAUUUAGUUUUAGUCAUAUCAUUGGCAGAGAAAUUGAUAGUGGUGCUGUAUGGAAGCAAAUUUAUAUGGACCUUGGCAUUCCAAUUUUGAAUUCAGCUGCUUCCUACAAUGUAAAAACUGCUUAUAGAAAGUAUCUCUAUGGUUUUGAGGAAUACUGCCGUUCUGCAAAUAUUCAAUUCAGAACUAUUCACCACCAUGAACCAAAAGUAAAAGUGGAAAAAAAAGACUUAGAAGAAUCAAUGGAAGAAACUCUAAAAGUAGAUCAAGAAAUGCCUUUAAUAGAAGUGAAGAGUGAACCUGAGGAAAAUAUUGACUCAAACAGUGAAAGCGAAAGAGAAGAGAUAGAAUUAAAAUCUCCAAGAGGACGAAGGAGACUUGUUCGAGAUGCAAAUUCUAUUAAAAAGGAAAUUGAAGAAGAGAAAAUAGAAGACAAAUUAAAAGAUGAUACAGAAAAUAAGGAUAUCGAUGAUGACUAUGAAACUUCAGAGAAAAAAGAAAAUGAGCUACUACUGGGAAGAAAAAGUACACCAAAGCCAAAAGAGAAGAGAAUUAAAAAGCAAGAGGAUUCUGAUAAAGACUCAGACGAAGAGGAAGAGAAGAACCAAGAGAGGGAAGAAACUGAGAGCAAAUGUGACUCAGAAGGAGAGGAAGAUGAGGACGACACGGAGCCCUGCCUGACAGGAACCAAAGUGAAAGUAAAGUAUGGACGAGGAAAAACUCAGAAAAUUUAUGAAGCUAGCAUUAAAAGCACUGAAAUUGAUGAUGGGGAAGUUUUGUACUUGGUGCAUUAUUAUGGAUGGAAUGUCAGGUAUGAUGAAUGGGUAAAGGCUGAUCGGAUAAUCUGGCCUUUGGAUAAAGGUGGGCCAAAGAAAAAACAAAAGAAGAAAGUUAAGAAUAAAGAAGAUAGUGAGAAGGACGAAAAGAGGGAUGAAGAGAGGCAGAAGUCAAAACGGGGACGACCUCCUUUAAAAUCGACGCUUUCAGCAAAUAUGCCAUUCAGUUUAUCUAAGACCUCGAACAGUGAAGGAAAAUCAGACACUUGUUCAUCUGAUAGUGAGACAGAGGACCUUUUGGAAAAGAGUUUGACAAAUGAAGAACUUUCUCCUGAUAUUAAAGAAGAAUUAGAAAAAAAUGAAAAUUUAAAUGAUGAUAAACUAGAUGAAGACAAUCCAAAGAUUGUACAUAUGUUAAAAGAAAACGACAGGACUCAAAUGCAGCCCUUAGAAGCUCUGAAGCUAGAGGUCGAAGAGGAUGAACAAAUAGUCCAUAUUUUUGGAAGCAAAAUGGAACAAGUAGACGAAGCUAAGAAAGAGGAAGAAAAAUCUCCUAAAGGAAAGGGAAGGCGGAGCAAGACAAAAGAUCUUUCUUUAGAAAUUAUAAAGAUUUCAUCAUUUAGCCAGGAUGAAGCAGGAAGCGAACCUCAUUUGGAAGUUCAUAAUCUUGAACUUAAUUCAUUAGAUAGUAAGAACUUUUCUUCUACUGAAGAUGAAAUCGACCAGUAUGGAAAAGAAAAAAAGUUGAAACGGAAAAUGCUGGGACAGUCAUCACCAGAGAAAAAACUAAGAAUUGAGAAUGGGAUGGAAACAGCCACUGGUGUGCCUCAGGAAAGGACCGGGGACUGCAGUGGAGGCGAGGGAACGAAGAACUCAGAUUUCGAACAGCACUUUGAAACAGAAAAUGAAGGAAUGCCAUCACUAACAGCAGAGGCAAAACAGUGUAUCCAAGAGUUGACUAGUGAAAAACUGGACAGUCCAGUUGAUGAACCUGUAAAUACUCCACUCAAAGAAGAAGAGGACGUGAUGUCUCUGAUUGGGCCUGAAACCUUGGUUUGCCAUGAGGUAGACUUGGAUGAUUUGGAUGAAAAGGAUAAGACCAGUGUUGAGGAUGUGGUAGUUGAAAGCUCCGAGUCUACCUCUCUCGUUUCUAUUCCGCCUGCCCUACCUCCUGUAGUCCAGCAUGCCUUUCCAGUAGCUUCCCCACUUACUCUCAGUCAAGAUGAGUCUCGAAGUGUAAAAAGUGAGAGCGAUGUAACGAUUGAAGUUGAUAGUAUUGCUGAAGAAUCGCAAGAAGGCCUCUGUGAAAGGGAAUCAGCAAAUGGGUUUGAAGCCAGCGUUACCCCUGGUACCUGUAGUAUAAUUGUACAAGAGAGAGAGAGCAGAGACAAGGGUCAAAAAAGGCCAAGCGAUGGAAACGGUGGAUUAAUGGCAAAAAAGCAAAAGCGUACCCCAAAGCGAACAAGCACUAUAGCCAAAACUGAGAAGAAUGGAGCGGGGCAAAGCAGUGAUAGUGAUGAUCUUCCUGCUAUAGACAGUUCAAAUAAAUGCACCCCAGUGAAGCAUCUUAGCAUAGCUAAGCCACAGAAGCUGGCACGAUCCCCUGCAAGAAUCUCGCCUCACAUCAAAGAUGGAGAGAAAGAGAAGCACAGAGAAAAGCACCCGAAUUCAUCCCCUAGGACAUACAAGUGGAGCUUUCAACUCAAUGAAUUAGAUAAUAUGAACAGUACAGAGAGAAUCUCUUUUCUCCAAGAAAAACUACAGGAAAUCAGAAAAUACUACAUGUCUUUGAAGUCUGAAGUUGCAACCAUAGACAGAAGGAGAAAAAGAUUAAAAAAGAAAGACAGAGAAGUGUCUCAUGCAGGAGCCUCCAUGUCAUCUGCUUCGUCUGACACUGGAAUGAGUCCUUCCUCAUCGUCUCCCCCGCAAAAUGUACUUGCUGUAGAAUGCAGGUGAUGAACAUUUUCUCUGCCUUCCCAGCAGUUUGCUGCCAUGGACAUCAAUUCUAAAACCCUGAAAUACAACCACAGAAAGCACUCAGCUGUCUAAGUAUAUCCUGUAUAUUUUUCAAGGAUUGUAUCUAGACCUUUCUUUCUUCUUUUUUACUGUUGCAAAAAAUAAGCUGAUUAAUAAUUGAAGGUUAGGCGGCCUACCAUAUUGGUCAUCAUUUUUUCCUCUCUUUUCUUUUUUUUUCCAUUUUUUUGUUUGUUUUUUUUGUGAUAGAGAAAAAAGGGCACUUAGCAAAUUUGAAUUUGUAUAAUAAAGCUUUCAAGUGUUACAGAAAUCAUAGGCAAGCGAGUGCACAUGAUGAACAUCAGAAUAUCUGGCUGAAUAGUUACUGCUGCACUUUCACUGAGAUGUAUUUGAACACUUGGUGAGUAGGGGGUUUAUUUGUUUUUGUUCUUUUUAUUGUUGGGUUUUUUUUUUUGUUAAUUUCAAUUUGUGUGGAAGCACUUGCUAUGUGGAACUGCCAAAGUAUAUGUUCAGCAGUGUGCCCAGGUUUAACAGUGUAAAUGGGACAAAAUUAAUUGUGAAAGGAAGCGUAGUUGGCUGAAAACUGCAGUUGUAAUAAGUCUUCCACUUUUUAUAGGACUUUGGAGCACACAAUUAUGCAAAUAUUUUAAUGUUUAUUAAUGUUUACAGUGGAAUUGUGAAUAAGUUUUCAGUGGACUAUCUUAUCCCUUGACAAAAAUAUUUUGUCUUUUUUCUAUGUAAUUUCAGAGUUUUUAUUUUGUUACAAAAAUACGAAAAUGAAAUAUAUAACAACAAUGAAGUUAUUUAACAAGAUUUCUAAAGCUGAAAAUUUUGUGUAAAAUAAGGUAUUAUCUUGCAACUUGUUAAAUAUAUUUAUUCAGACAUUGGAUGUUGUAUUUUUAUGUAUUUUUAAAAAUAUCAAUAAAAUUGAAAAAAAGAAAAUUCUAGGUUAGUUCACUCUUUGGAUAACAGUAGCUGUCAGCUGUCCCUUUUGCAGAAGGUUGCAUCCUGCAGCCUCUAUGCUGAAGGGAGUCUGUCUCAGUCCUUCCGACAGAACAGAGCAGAGCUAUAGACAGCCUCGGAAUCAUUAAAGUAUGUCCUCAUUUAGAAUCUUUGGCAGUCCUAGUUUUUAACCUGUUUUACAGAUCCAAUUUUUGGUUGCCCUUAAGAUACUUUGUCACAGUUUUUAUGUCUGCUAUACUGCCGAAUAAAUUUAUAUCUCCCAAAGUUGAGAUGCAACAAUUAAGUAAAGCAACUAUGUAUGCUUUGUCUGUGAAUUGUUCCACAGACUGAUACAUUUGUAAAUAAUUCUUCCAGAAUCGUGUAUUUAAAGCAGUUUUGCAUAUACAUUAUGUAAAAAAGGUGAUUUUUUUAAAAGCAAUUUUUAAAUUCAUGUUUGUACAUUGAAAGGGGUUUUUUUAAAACCUCCUUUUCUGUGUUUAAUAUGCUGUACAGUAAUAACCUAGAUGCUCUAGACUGUAUCAGGACCUGAUUUACAAGAGCAGAGCAGAGCUGAACACUAGUGAUGGGUAGCAUUUGCUGAGUCAUUGUUUCUCAGUUUCAUUUACCACAUUGUGAACUUGUGAUUCAGAUUUCUUCCAUUUUCUCAGAGAAUUAAAAACAAAAAGUCCUCCUGUAAUAUAAAUUUUUGUCUUUUCUUUGCAAAGCAAAAGUAUUUCAAUGUAAAAAAAAUGGAGCUCAGUGGGCAGUAUUAAUAAAGGCCAUGUUUUAAACAUAGGCUUUAUAUUUUUACUUUUCAUUUAAGUGAUUGCUUUUUUUCCUAAUGCCAGUAACUUAUAGUUGCUUCACAAAGCAAAGUAUUUCAGUACAUUCUUCAAUCUUUAAAGUACUUGUAGUGCUUAAUUUUAAAAAUGAAGAAACAGCGUCACUCAGAUCUAGUUGGAACUAGGAAGCAACUUUAGGUGUGUUAGUGAUUUCCUUCAGUAGCAGCUUGGUAAAUCAGAGAUAACUAAGUUAUUAGUUUGAGUACUGACCCUUCUAAUUGCUAUAAGUUUCUAUCAAAGUCUUGGAAUGCAGCUACAGAGCAAAUUUACACAUUCAGUAAAUAAAUAUGUAGGUGCUGUUCAAACCCUUUUAGCCGGGGACUAGAAAAAAUAUGAAAUUAAGUGAAUUCUGAUUAGGCAUUACUGUUCAAAUAUUAAGCUGAUUUUGAAUUUAUCUAAACUUUGAAUAGACUAUUGUAUACUGCAUGUAAAAGAAAAACUAUAAGAUACUAAUAUAAAAAAUGGGGUGUACUAUCUACAAUCAAGGUAUUUAAAAAAUUAUAUAGCUGUCUAUGUUAGUAUUCUGUUGUAUGCUUUUAUUGUUUGCUGUUUUUAUUAAAUUUCCAGUUUUCCAGUCUUUACAAAAGAAGGUUAGCACAUUUAAAAAGAUUAUUAUUAUAUAUGGCAUCUAUGGAAUUGCUUUAAAGUAUGGAAAUUUAUAUGGAUUAAUUUGCUCAUGUGCCUUUCUUAUGAGUCCUUUAAUGUAACAUACCUAUCAAACAUUCAGUGCUGUCUUCAACAUCACAUAAAGCUUAUUGCCA